AUGCAAUCGAAUAAUAAAGAAGCUCAAAUGCUCUUAGCUAUCGAAGGUAUUCGAAAAGAUAAAAAAUUAAGCAUUCGGAAGGCUGCAAAGCUAUAUAAUAUAUCGCAUACAACACUUAUCCGCAGAAUGAAUGGUUUAACCCCUCAUACGGAAUUUCGACCAAAAAGCCAUAAUUUGACUGAUUUGGAAGAGGAAGUACUUAUUCAAUAUAUACUCGACAUAGAUGAGAGAGGAUUUAGUCCUCGAAUAAGUGAUGUGGAAGAUAUGGCGAAUUAUAUACUCGAAACGCGGGGUGUGAAGAAGGUUGGAAAGCUCUGGGCUCAUCGCUUUAUGAAACGAUAUACAGAAUUAAAGACGCGUUUUAAUUGCGUUUAUGAUUUUCAAAGAGCUUUCUGCGAAGAUUCAGAGCUUAUUGAAAGAUGGUUUCGAUUGGUAUCGAAUAUGCAGGCCAAAUAUGGUAUUCUGGACUGCGAUUUCUACAACUUCGAUGAGAUAGGUUUUAUGAUGGGACAAAUAUCAUCACAUAUAGUAGUUACUAAAGCUGAUCGAUAUGGAAGAAGCAAAGCUAUACAAUCAGGCAAUCGGGAAUGGGCUACAGCGAUUAUUUGUGUUGAUGGAGAAGGUCACAAUAUACCUUCGUUUUUGAUAGUAAAAGGCGAAUACCAUCUCUCAAAUUGGUAUACCGAAGGCGAUUUACUAUACGAUUGGCUUAUUAAACCUACUACUAAUGGAUGGACAGAUAAUGAGACAGGUCUUGAAUGGAUUAAGCACUUCAACAAAUAUACUGAAAGUAGGAAAGUGGGUAGAUAUCGAAUGUUAGUGCUUGAUGAGUAUGAAAGUUAUAAAUCAUCAGUAUUUCAGGAAUAUUAUAAGGAACACAAUAUUAUAUUAUUUAGUUUACUAUUUCACUCUUCACAUUUAACUCAAUCAUUUGAUAUCGAUUGUUUUGAUCUUUUAAAAUGUUCAUAUAAUCGACAAAUCGAGAACUUUAUUAAGGCGUAUAUCACUUAUAUUACCAAAACCGAGUUCUUUCAAGCCUUCAAAGCUCAAUCUCAAACAUCUUAUAAUCCAAUUAAAGCUCUUUUUCAAUCUACUUUAAUGAAAAGUCGUAUUGCUCGGCAUCAAGGAAGCUCAUCUACUCCAAUAUUUGAAACAGUUGCAGCUUUAGCUAAGGGUACAGAGCUUCUAGCUUAUACAAAUACACUUUUAAUUGUUGAGAUUCAUAAUCUCCAUAAAGCAAAUGAAGCACUUAGUAAACAUCGAAGAAUUAAAAAAGCUUUAAUACGAAAAGGAGGAGCACUUUCAGUAGGGAAUGAGUAUAAUAUAUUAGAACAAAAGAAUGUAGAUAAUCAGAUACAAUGCGACGAAUAUACAAAUGAUGAUUCUUCAACAAGAAGGCAAGCUACUAUACAACGAUGUAGCAAAUGCAGUAGUACUUCACAUAAUGCACGAACUUGUCAAUUAGAUCCAGCAUUAAUUGAUCCUUAG